GUAGAACUCAAUUGGUACACAUCUCCUACAAUGGCAUUCAAGUUUGUAGUAUUCGCCUGCUUGGUGGCUGCGGCCAGCGCCGGAGUAUACCCGGCCGCCCCCGUGGCGUACUCCGCCGCCCCCGCCUACGUCGCCCACCAAGCGUACGCCGCGGCCCCAGCGCACGUAGUGCACGCUGCCCCCGUGGCAUACGCCGCCCCAGUCGCUAAGGUGGUCGCCCCCGUCGCCAAGGUCGCCGUCGAGGAGUACGACGCGCACCCCCAGUACAGCUUCGCGUACGACGUGCAGGACGGUCUCACCGGCGACUCCAAGAGCCAGCACGAGAGCCGCGACGGAGACGUCGUACAGGGCUCCUACUCCGUGGUAGACCCUGACGGUACCAAGCGCACCGUGGACUACACCGCUGACCCCCACAACGGAUUCAACGCCGUCGUGCGCAAGGAAGCCCUCGGACACGUCGCUAAGGUGGUUGCCCCCGUUGUCGCCAAAGUAGCUGCCCCAGUCGCCUACCACGGUGCUCCCGUGGUCGCUAAAGUAGCCGCUCCUGUGGCCUACCACGCUGCCCCUGUAGCCUACCAGGCUGCCCCCGUCUACCACUCCGCCCCCGUAGCUUACUCCGCCUACCACCACUAAGAAGCAACGGAAGGAAGUUAUUAGUACAAUUACCGAUGAAGAACUGA